AUGGAAGAGCUCGAAUUUCCUGAUAUUUAUGAUUUAUUUCAAACAUUUGAUGUACAAUUUUUUGAAGGAAAAUUAGGAGUUGUAGAAUUAAUUUGAAGCAAAAGAAUGACCUUAUGUGCAGGUUUAUGCUGUUAUAAAGACGGAUUAAUUACUAUCAAACUUUCUGAACCCCUUUUAAAAUACCGCUCAAUCUCUGAGCUAAAAGAAACAUUAAUCCACGAAAUGAUUCAUGCUUAUUUAUGAAUAAUGCAUAUUGAAUCAGGCAGAGAUGGCCAUGGCCCUGCUUUUCAAGAUAUUAUGAUAACAAUAAAUGCUAUUGCAGGGCUUAAUGUAACAAUUUAUCAUUCUUUUCAUGAUGAAGUUGAUUUUUAUAGGAAACAUAUAUGAAAAUGUGAUGGCCCUUGUCAAAACUGGAAACCUUAUUAUGGACUGGUAAAAAGAGCUAUGAAUAGACCACCUUCUGAUAAAGAUCCUUGAUGUAAAAUUUAAAUAGGAAAUGAACAUCAGAAGAAGUGUGGAGGGAAAUAUACAAAAAUUGCUGAACCAACUCCGAAGAAAAAGAAAAAAGAAGAGGCAACAAAAAUUACAAAAUUUUUUAAAAAUGACAAUAAAGACAGAGUAAAAAGUGAAAAUAAAUAA